AUGACGUCCUGCUAUCUUGGAACCGGCUCGGGAGGACCCAAUCAAAACCCUGGAAACACGUCCGCCUACUUCACCCCUGGAGCAACACCUGGAGGAGUCGCAAAGCCUACUGGAACUGGAGGAGCGCUCCCUGCUGGUGGUACCGGAGCGCAGUCAGCCUAUUUUGGAGUCGGAGCGCAGCCAGCUGCUGAAAAUCAAUCGGCCUACUACGCCGUCGGAGCCUACAACAACCCGGCCGCAACUGGUGGAGCCCCUCAAGCCGCCCCUAUGCCUGCAGCACCAGCACCAACCAGUGGAGGAGCUUCGACGAUGACUGCUGUGGGAGGAGUGCCACCACCCAAGGACGAACAAUCGAUGAUGAGGGGAUUGCCAAUGACUAGUGGAGGCCGUUCGACGAUGACAGCUGUGGGAGGAGUGCCACCACCCAGUGGCGGACAACCGAUGAUGACUGCGGUGGGAGGAUUGCCGAUGACUAGUGGAGGCCGCUCGAUGAUGACUGCUAUUGGUGGAGUUACCCCAGUUGACGGAGUUGGACGCUCGACGAUGACAGCUGUUGGUGCCGCUCCUGGAGUUGGACGCUCGACGAUGACAGCUGUUGGUGCCGCUCCUGGAGUUGGACGCUCAACGAUGACGGCAGUUGGAGGAGCACCGGUGACCGGCCAAUCAACGAUGACUGCUGUGGGAGCCCCUUUUGGAGGAGUACAGCCGACGAUGACAGCCUUGAGAGGAGCACCGAUGGCCCCCCAAUCAACAAUGACCGCUGUUGGAGGACCCGUUGCUGAUGGUAGGCAAUCGACGAUGACCGCUGUUGGAGGGCCCACUAGAGUCCCCGGAGGACAAUCGACCAUGACAGCUGUUGGACACCCAGGCGGUGGAGUAGGAGCACCCGGUGGAGCUCCCAAGAUGGUUGAAGCCCCCGUUCCUGCAACGGGCCCUGGUGGAGGAGCAGCUACGUCGGCCUAUUUCGCUGCGCCUGGUCAAGCAACGGGAGGUGGCGCACAAUCUGCAUACUUCGGACUCGGUGGAGAAGGCACCCCAGCCAAGACUGGUGGUGGCGGCGGUGGAAAUCCCAUUGGUGGACAAUCCACAUCCUACUUCACGGUUGGUGGAUCGGGUGGAGCAGACGCUGGCACGACUUCGGGAUACUUCUCUCCUUACAAA